CUCCGAACUCAACAUUUCAAGUUCAAAGCUUAUCCAAAAACCACCCAUUUGGAAGUUCGACGUCUUCCUCACUCCCCUCUCCCCUCUUCUUCGCACCCUCCGCAGAGUCUCCGGACGCUCAAUUGCUAGCAGACGAGCGAAUAUCUCAGCGACUUGGAACAGUAUCACAAGAACAGUCAGAAUGCCCUCCACAUCAACACUCUUCCGCGCUGCGCGCCCGGCUUUCCGAUCGCAGCAGUUUUUCACUUCUCAGCAAGCACAGGCACAAUUGUUCCGAACGACGAGAAGCAGAUUUCAAAACUAUGGGAGCAAGAGAUGGCAAAGUACGGCUGCGCCGGCUGCGGAACAGAGCUGGUUUAAGAGGAUGUGGGAUAGUCCUAUUGGAAUCAAGACUGUGCAUUUCUGGGCUCCUGUUAUGAAGUGGGCACUGGUCAUCGCAGGCAUCGGUGAUUUUUACCGUCCCGCAGAGAAGCUCUCCCUCACACAAAACGUCGCCCUCACAUGUACCGGCCUAAUCUGGACUCGCUGGUGCUUGAUCAUCAAACCCAAGAACAUCUUGCUCGCAGCAGUCAACUUCUUCCUCGGCAUCGUCGGCGUCGUACAAGUCUCCCGCAUCGUCUCCUACAACUACAGCCAAAAGGGUAAAACCGCUACCGAACAACUCGAAGAAGCCAAGGAGUCCGCCGUUGAUGUCGCAAAGGGAAUCAAGAAGGACGCUAUUGAGGUUGUGAAGUCUUAAGUGACCCACGUUUUGAGAGCAGUAGGAGCAGGGGAGGAGGGCUUUGGAGGACUUUUGCAUUGUGCAUGCUUGCAUCCGGCGCUUUACUUCUUGACACACCAGGGUGGGAGUGGAGGAAGAUGAAAUGAAUGAAGGCUACGAAGGCGAG